AUGGGAUUAGGUGUGUGCACGAGGGUUGAGGAGGCAAAAGGUGGCACAAGGUUUGUGGACGAGAGGUGUGCGGACGAAAUAGGGAUGCAGAUAAAGAACGCGCCAUUGCUAUCCCCAAAACAUCCCGGCUCGCCACCGAUAUCCCCCAAAUAUCCCGGCUCACCAUUGCUAUCCAACAAACAUCCCGUCCUCUCCACUGCUAUUCCACCAAACAUCCCGGCUCACCAUCGCUAUCUCACAAACAUCCCGGCUCGCCAUUGCUAUCCCCAAAACAUACGGCUCGUCAUUGCUAUCCCACAAACAUCCCGGCUCGCCAUUGCUAUCUCCCAAACAUCCCGGCUCCCCAUAGCUAUCCACCAAAUAUCCCGGCUCGCCAUUGUUAUCCAACAAACAUCCCGGAUCACCAUUGCUAUCCCACAAACAUCCCGGCUCACCAUUGCUAUCCCCCAAACAUCCCGGCUCACCAUUGCUAUUCCACAAACAUCCCGGCUCGCCAUUGCUAUCCCACAAACAUCACGGCUCGCCAUUGCUAUUCCUCAAACAUCCCGGCUCGCCAUUGCUAUCCCACAAACAUCCCGGCUCGCCAUUUCCAUUCCAAAAACAUCCCGGCUCGCCAUUGCUAUUCCACAAACAUCCCGGCUCGCUAUUGCUAUACCACAAACAUCCCGGCUCGCCAUUGCUAUCCCACAAACAACACGGCUCGCCAUUGCUAUUCCACAAACAGCCCGGCUCGCUAUUGCUAUCCCACAAACAUCCUGGCCCGCCAUUGCUAUCCCACAAACAUCCCGGCUCGCCAUUGCUAUCCCACAAACAUUCCAGCUCGCCAUUGCUAUCCCACAAACAUCCAGGCUCACCAUUGCUAUCCAACAAACAUCCAGGCUCACCAUUGCUAUCCAACAAACAUCCCGGUUCACCAUUACUAUCCCACAAACAUCCCGGCUCGCCAUUGCUAUCCAACAAACAUCCCGGCUCGCCAUUGCUAUCCCACAAACAUCCCGGCUCGCCAUUGCUAUCCCCAAAAUAUCCCGGCUCGCCACCGAUAUCCCCCAGAUAUCCCGGCUCACCAUUGCUAUCCCACAAACAUCCCGGCUCACCAUUGUUAUCCCACAAACAUCCCGGAUCACCACUGCUAUCCCCCAAGCAUCCCGGCUCACCAUUACUAUCCAACAAACAUCCCGGUUCACCAUAGCUAUCCCACAAACAUCCCGGCUCGCCAUUGUUAUCCCACAAACAUCCCGGCUCGCCAUUGCUAUUCCACAAACAUCCCGGCUCGCCAUUGCUAUCCCACAAACAUCCCGGCUCACCAUUGCUAUCCCCCAAACAUUCCGGCUCACCAUUGCUAUCCAACAAACAUCCAGGUUCACCAUUGCUAUCCAACAAACAUCACGGCUCGCCAUUGUUACCCCACAAACAACACGGCUCGCCAUUGCUAUCCCCAAAACAUCCCGGCUCGCCACCGAUAUCCCCCAAAUAUCCCGGCUCACCAUUGCUAUCCCACAAACAUCCCGGCUCGCCAUUGCUAUCCCACAAACAACACGGCUCGCCAUUGCUAUCCCCAAAACAUCCCGGCUCGCCACCGAUAUCCCCCAAAUAUCCCGGCUCACCAUUGCUAUCCCACAAACAUCCCGGCUCACCAUUGUUAUCCCACAAACAUCCCGGAUCACCACUGCUAUCCCACAAACAUCCCGGCUCACCAUUACUAUCCAACAAACAUCCCGGUUCACCAUAGCUAUCCCACAAACAUCCCGGCUCGCCAUUGUUAUCCCACAAACAUCCCGGCUCGCCAUUGCUAUUCCACAAACAUCCCGGCUCGCCAUUGCUAUCCCACAAACAUCCCGGCUCACCAUUGCUAUCCCCCAAACAUUCCGGCUCACCAUUGCUAUCCAACAAACAUCCAGGUUCACCAUUGCUAUCCAACAAACAUCACGGCUCGCCAUUGUUACCCCACAAACAUCCCGGCUCGCCAUUGCUAUUCCACAAACAUCCCGGCUCGCCAUUGCUAUCCCACAAACAACACGGCUCGCCAUUGCUAUCCCCAAAACAUCCCGGCUCGCCACCGAUAUCCCCCAAAUAUCCCGGCUCACCAUUGCUAUCCCACAAACAUCCCGGCUCGCCAUUGCUAUCCCACAAACAACACGGCUCGCCAUUGCUAUCCCCAAAACAUCCCGGCUCGCCACCGAUAUCCCCCAAAUAUCCCGGCUCACCAUUGCUAUCCCACAAACAUCCCGGCUCACCAUUGUUAUCCCACAAACAUCCCGGAUCACCACUGCUAUCCCACAAACAUCCCGGCUCACCAUUACUAUCCAACAAACAUCCCGGUUCACCAUUGCUAUCCCACAAACAUCCCGGCUCGCCAUUGUUAUCCCACAAACAUCCCGGCUCGCCAUUGCUAUUCCACAAACAUCCCGGCUCGCCAUUGCUAUCCCACAAACAUCCCGGCUCACCAUUGCUAUCCUCCAAACAUCCCGGCUCACCAUUGCUAUCCAACAAACAUCCCGGUUCACCAUUGCUAUCCCACAAACAUCCCGGCUCGCCAUUGUUACCCCACAAACAUCCCGGCUCGCCAUUGCUAUUCCACAAACAUCCCGGCUCGCCAUUGCUAUCCCACAAACAUCCCGGCUCGCCAUUGCUAUUAAACAAACAUCCCGGCUCGCCAUUGCUAUCCCACAAACAUCCCGGCCCGCCAUUGCUAUCCCUCAAACAUCCAGGCCCGCCAUUGCUAUCCCCCAAACAUCCCGGCUCGCCAUUGCUAUCCCACACCCCAGCAAAACAAUGCCUAUAACAGUAACAGGAAUCGUCAUUUCAUAA